AUGAGAUUUUCGUACGGGUUUUUAAUCAUCAUGCUGAUUAUCAAUCUCAGCGUUCAGGUUUCCGGAAACCCAUUCCAAUGGCAACUUACUUGUCAACAUAUUUGUUAUUGGCUCUGCGGUGGCGAUAACGUCUGUACUUGUGAACGAUAUAAAUCACUGAAUAAUCUGUGGUUUCCUCAUUGCAGGUUCGGGCCUGGUGCAAUAGUGUUGCACGAGUUUCUUUCUUCUCCUAAUGAAAUUAUCGAAUAA